AUGGCUUUCAACCCGCAGGAUCCCGACUUCCUGCACACAUUGGACAUCGAACAGAUGAUUGAUCUUGCCGUCCACCUGGGCCUCACCCCGGAAGCCAUGGGCGAUGUCCUGGCCGAUGCAGACAUCAACUACAGGCAUCUCUCUGACAUCGCCGAAGAGCAGGGGUCGAAGACCGUGAUGGGCAUCGAGCGGCUCCCGCGUUUGAUAUUGUCGAUGCCGCCUGAAGAACAAGCAGAGGCGGCGAUCAAGUACAAGGAGUGGCUCGAAGGCGAGUCGGACGGUGGGCCCGUGUACAAGCCUAAGACAUCGUCCCGCGCGACGCUCGUGGCGGCGCAGAUCGCUGCACGGAAGGAACAGGAGAAGCAGUUUGCUGCGCCGGCGUCGAAGGUCAAGGCUCGCACCAUAGCUGUGGUGACUGGGUUUCGGAAGCACACAAGCAAAGCCCCAUGGAACGAGCUCGAACCAGUGCUAUUCUCGGAGAUGAUGAUGCGCCAGGUUACAUUUGGCCGUGCUCUGACAUGUCGAAUUAUCGCGCCUUGCUCGUCUCUGUAUUCCGUCCAAACGGUCGUCGAAGACCAACAAGGAACGGCCUAUGAUCUCUCCUUCUACAAUUAUCCGACGACCUUCGAGGCCUCCCCGCAAUACAUGGACAUCCUCUUCCCCAAGGGUGCCGUACUCUUGAUCCGCGAUCCCGUUCUGAUGCCAUCGCAACAAAACACCAACCCGCUCAUACGCGUAGACUCGCCGACUGAUCUGGUAGUCUUCGCACCGUACACCCAGAUGCUCCCUGAUGUCCACUUCGCCACAGAAGCGCCUACAAGUCCUUCUGAACCCCUAGAGACCAUGCAGACAGAGGACUACUGGCGGGUCAAAGGAAACGACCUCUUCAAGUACUCUCAAUGGUUCCCUGCUGCUGUGGCUUACUCUCGUGGACUUGAGGUCCACCCGGACUCGCUGGUGCUCCGCCUGAACCGUGCUGAGGCUUACUUGCGUCUCGAGUUCUACUCUGGUACCCUCUACGAUGCUCAAUCUGUCUUGUCUACACCUGAUCUAUCUCCUGCGUUCCGGAACAAGGCUCUCCUCCGUGCGGCGCGUGCGGAGUAUGGGAGGCGCAACUACGCGAGUGCUAGGCAGUUGUUUCAGCAACAUCGGGUGUCGAGCAGUAAUAAUGCUGAAGACGCCACCUGGAUCCGCAGGUGUGAAGAACGACUGCGAGAAAACUCGAUAGGGAAGUAUGACUGGGCGAGGCUUUUCGAGGAGUGCCAACAUGACAGCAGAUUGGAUGCUGCAGACUACACUGGACCGGUGGAAGUCAAGACGAUCCCCGGCCGCGGACGGGGUAUCGUCGUAACAAGAGAUGUUUCUGCUGGGGAGCUCCUGAUGGUCUCAAAGGCACUCUCGUUCGUCGAAGAGAAGGACUUCCGCGCCGACGUGUGGCGGACUGCCCUCAAUUUCAAGACGUCCCGCUUCAUGACCCGCGCGCAGUCCGCCAACGUUGCGAAGGUUGCGCAGACGGUCUAUGGGAACCCGGACAUCUAUGACCAGCUCUUACAUCUCUACGCGGGCCCGGACUACCCCCUUCCUCCGGCAACGCCUCCUCCUGCACGUCUCGACCCCCAACGCGUCGACCCUCUCCAGCCAACGGUCGACAUCGACAUCGACCACCUCGAGGCGAUUUGUCUGUACAACACCUUUGACCAGUACUCCCUUUGCCCAACUGGUAGCGAAGUCAUCGAAGAUGACCGCAUCCGGCGCUCGCCCAACGCGCUGCAUCUGCUGCCCAGUCUGCUGAACCACUCCUGUGCGGGGAACGCGCGUGCACGGGCGUUCGGAGACGUGCUCGCCGUGCGCGCGGUCGCCCCGAUCCGGGCGGGCGAGGAGGUGACCGUGCCGUACGUCUCGACAGAGAAGGGGUAUCGCGACCGCGUGGCAGCCUUGAAGAAGUACUUCCCGGAGGGGCAGGCAUGUGAGUGCAGUGUAUGUGAAAUGGACAGGGCAGAUGGAGAAGAAAAGCUGGACACGCGCGAGGAGCUGCUCGUGCAACUGCCGUCCGGGCCGCUGUUCAAAGAGCCCAUGGUCCUCCUUCGCACAUGGGAGAGCGCGCUCGAAGCGACGCACGCGCCAUCCCGAGGGCCGUUCCGCCCCGCGCUCGUGCGUCUCGUUCAUAGCAUCGGCGAGCAGCUCCGCAGGGACAACGCGACGAGGGCAGGGGCGCUCGAGACCAACAUUCGCGGGCUCGUGCGUCAGGGCUUCCGGGUGACGGACACGCGGUCCGAUGCGAGCCUGAAGCGAAAGCUUAAGGACGUGUUGCCGGUGGACACGGCGGAUCUGUCGAUCUGUGUGGACGUGGAGAGGGGCUUGACUGCGAUGUUGAGGAUCGCGCAGCAGUUCAGGGCAGAGGCGAAUGUUGUCCAGGCGAAGAGGUGGCUGAAGGCGGCGCAAAAGGUGGACGACGUCGAGUACGGCGGAGGGAGGGAGUUGUUUCUACUGAAGGAGGCAACUAUAUUGGGCGGCUUCGGGAUGAAGAAGUUCGCCGAGACCGUCCUGUGA